GCCUGGGCCGAGCGGGAAGUGAGCUCAGGGCGCAGAGGAAAUCCCGCCUGCCCGCGCCCGGCCUGUGUUGUGUGUUGUGUGUGUGUGUCUCUCUCUCUCUUCCCGUGUGGGCGACGCCGAGGAGCGGAGAUCGGCCAGGCGCUUCUCCCGGGGGUGGCGGAGGGCCCGGCGGCUGCGUCUGCGAGGGAGACAUGUCGGAUCAGGAAGCCAAACCUUCAGCAGAGGAUUUGGGUGAUAAGAAAGAGGGAGAAUAUAUUAAACUUAAGGUCAUUGGGCAGGACAGCAGUGAAAUUCACUUCAAGGUGAAAAUGACAACGCAUCUAAAGAAACUUAAAGAAUCAUACUGUCAGAGACAGGGAGUCCCAAUGAAUUCACUCAGGUUUCUCUUUGAGGGUCAGAGAAUUACUGAUAAUCAUACUCCAAAAGAGCUUGGAAUGGAAGAAGAAGAUGUGAUUGAGGUUUAUCAGGAACAGACAGGAGGCCAUUCAACAAUUUAGAAUGUUUGUUUCCCCCCCCUUUCCCUUUCUCCUUUUUUAUUUUUAAAUAAUAGUUCUUUUGUAAUGUGGUAUAUAACACUGAAUUAAAACCAACACCACAUUCCUAUGUUUUUAAAUAUUAUUUCCAAGUUGUCUGUUUUUAAUUCUUGUGCUCCUUAUACACUGUCAAUUGUGUCUGACUUUGGUGAUCCUCCUGCAGUUGUGCUUUCCAAUUUUUUCCCAUUUCCUUUUUAGAAAAGCAGCUGUCUACACUUGCAGUUACGUGUUGGCGAGGGCCAUGUAUCCAAGCCUUGACUAUUUACCUGUGGGCAGGUUUUUACUAUUCACGUUAGCCUGAAAUUUAGGUGUGUGAAUUUUUAUUUGUGGAUUUUAAGAGAAGAAGAUAUGGAAACUUUUUUGAAAUAUAAACGGAAGGAUUGUGCCCUAAUAUUAAGAAGAGUUCUCUGCAGAUUUUAUUGGGAA